GAGAGAAUCCGCAGCUGCAACUUCGUUGAGAGCCUUUGAGCCUAGGCGCAGCCGGGGAUCGAGCUGCCGUCACCGCGGAGCCGCGGCUUCCCCGGCCCCGGCCUCAGCCCAACCGGCUUGGCCAUGGCAGCUGCCGCCACUGCGGCGAAUCUGGCCCCUGUGGUCCCUGCCCGUCGCUGAGCAGCCGUUAAGCCGCCAGCCCACCCUACAGCCGGAGCCGCCGCGGCCCAGGUUCGGCACAAGUUUCCGCCCCUGAAGAAGCAGGAGGCGAAAGCUGGAAAGGACGGACGCAGGGUGUAGGAAGCCCCUGGCCCACACGCCCGCGAUGUGGGGCCGUUUCCUGGCCCCCGAAGCCAGCGGCCAGGACAGCCCUGGCGGGGCCCAUAGCUUCCCGGCGGGCCCAGAUUAUUAUUCAUCAGCAUGGUUACCUGGUAAUGAAUCAUUGUGGCAGGCCACAACUGUUCCAUCUAACCAUCGAAAUAACCAUAUCAGGAGACACAGUAUAGCUUCUGACAGUGGAGACACUGGCAUUGGAACUUCCUGUUCUGACAGUGUGGAAGAUCAUUCAACUUCAAGUGGCCCGUUGUCUUUUAAGCCUAGUCGAUCACUGGUUACUCUUCCCACUGCCCAUGUGAUGCCGUCUAACUCCAGCGCUUCAAUUUCCAAACAUAGAGAAUCAUUAACAUCAGAUGGCUCAAAAUGGAGUACAAGCUUCAUACAAACUUUGGGAGACCACAGUACGGGGGAGCAGGACUCUUCACUAGACAUGAAGGACUUCCGGCCUCUUCGGAAAUGGUCAUCUUUAUCCAGACUCACUGCCCCAGAAAACUGCAGCCAAGGUAGCACUGUACACAAGGAAGAAUUGAGGAAUGGUUUGGAAAAGACAGGGAGAGGCAAGACUUUAACAUCACAAUUAAGGACUAUUGGGCCUAGUUGCUUACAUGACAGUAUGGAGAUGCUUAAGCUAGAGGACAAGGAAAUAAAUAAAAAACGGUCAUCAACUUUGGAUUGCAAGUAUAAAUUUGAGAGUUGUAGCAAAGAUAACUUCAGAGCCUCUUCCUCUGCUCUUAAGAGACAGACCUUAGAUAUGACAUACAGUGCCUUACCUGAGAGCAAGCCCAUUAUGACAAGCUCAGAGGCUUUUGAAUCUCCAAAAUAUUUAAUGCUUGGUCAGCAGGCAGCAAGUGGAGUUCCCAUUCAGCCUUCUGUGAGGACUCAGAUGUGGCUUACAGAGCAGUUAAGGACAAACCCUUUGGAAGGUAGAACUACGGAGGAUUCUUAUAAUUUAGCUCCUUGGCAACAACAGCAAAUUGAAGAAUUUCGACAAGGAAGUGAAACACCAAUGCAGGUUUUGACUGGAUCAUCUCGUCAAAGCUAUUCACCUUCUGGCUUUCAGGAUUUCAGUAAAUGGGAAUCGGUGCUGAAAAUAAAAGAAGGACUUCUAAGACAGAAAGAGAUUGUAAUUGAUCGGCAAAAGCAACAAAUCACCCACCUACAUGAGAGGAUAAGGGAUAAUGAACUACGGGCACAACAUGCCAUGUUAGGGCAUUAUGUAAAUUGUGAAGAUUCUUAUGUGGCUAGUUUGCAGCCACAAUAUGAGAACACUUCACUCCAGACUCCAUUUUCGGAGCAGUCAGUGUUGCAUCCCCAGCAAGAGGAACUUGAGCAGAAGCUUGCAUCUACUGAAAAAGAGGUUUCACAGCUCAAUGAAUUUCUCAAGCAAAGAAUAAACCAAUUCAGUGAAGAGAAGAAGAAACUGGAGGAAAAGCUUAAAACCAGAGAUAGAUAUAUCAAUAGCCUGAAAAAGAAAUGCCAGAAGGAAUCUGAACAAAACAAAGAAAAGCAGAGAAGAAUUGAGACCUUGGAAAAGUAUCUGGCUGAUCUUCCAACUCUAGAUGAUGUACAAAGUCAGAGUCUACAGCUUCAGGUCCUAGAAGAAAAAAAUAAGAAUUUGCAAGAGACUUUGCUAGAUGCAGAAAAAAAGCUCGAAGAGAUCAAAAAACAAUGUCAAGAAAAAGAAGCCCAGUUAAUUUGCCAGAAAAAGAAAGAAAAGGAGUUAGUAUCUUCCGUUCAGAGUUUGCAACAAAAAGUAGAAAGAUGUCUUGAAGAUGGAAUCCGACUUCCCAUGUUGGAUGCAAAACAGCUUCAGAAUGAAAAUGAUAAUCUGAGGGAACAGAAUGAGGCUGCUUGUAAGAUAAUAGACAACCAACAAGGUGAAAUUAACAGAAUGAUUCUAGAAAUUCAGUCAAUGCAGGGCAAACUUUCUAAAGAAAAAUUAAACACACAAAAGAUGAUGGAAGAACUGGAGAGGAAAGAGAGAAACCUGCAAAGAUUAACAAAAGCACUGCUUGAACCAUUGCAGAACCAAAGACAAACAGAAGAGACAUGCUCUUUAUUGGAUCAGGGCGAGGAAGCAGACCAAUCUAGGCAGCAGACAGUUCUUUCUAAACGGCCACUAUUUGAUUUGACUGUAAUUGAUCAGCUGUUCAAAGAAAUGUCCUAUUGUUUGCUUGACUUGAAAGCAUUGUGCAGUAUUCUUAAUCAGCGAGCUCAGGGCAAGGAGCCUAAUCUUUCAUUAUUACUGGGAAUUAGAUCAAUGAAUUGUUCAGCUGAAGAGACUGAAAGUGACCACAGCUCAGAAACACUUGCUAAAAGACUGUCAGAUGUGUGCCAGUUACGGAGAGACAUUGAUGAAUUAAGAACUACAAUAUCAGACCGCUAUGCUCAGGACAUGGGAGAUAACUGCAUAACCCAGUGAUCAAGUGUUGGUCCCACAGCAAUAAUGACCCAUUGUUAAAUGCUGCUGAGUUAGAGUUCUUCAUAUUUCUUUUUAAGAGUUACAAUGGAAAAUUGCAAGUGACAUACCACUUGCACAUAGGUUGUCUGUAUGUGUGUGGGUGUGGGUAUGUGUGUGUUGAUUUGUUUAAUUGAGGGAAAAUAGGAAUGUGAGGAGAUUUUUAAGGGGCUUAUCUAAUCAGGCAAAAUAAUUAUCAUUUGAAAAAUGUGAUAAAGUCAACAAGAAAAAGCAAAUUUCCAAACUACUGAUUAUAGGACCAAUUUUUGAAUAGUGCCCUUCAGAUAAAGGGACAGGAUUUUGUUUACUUCUGUAGGUUUUAUGUGUUUGCAUAUGCAUAUGUUUGAGGUUUGUGUGUGUGUAAGUGCUUUUAAGUUCACAUAAUUAUAAGGAUUUCAAGCAUCAAAUCAAAUCUUCUAAGAAAGGCACACACUGUUUAUUCUUUUUUUCAUAUGGAAACUUGUGUUGUAUUUUGAUAUUUUCAGGGGCUAGCUGAAUAAGAGUUCCAACAGUAGGCAAGUGUUUAAUAGAAGUACAGCAGGCAAAACCAUUUGUGAUUUAAAUAAUCACUGAACUGAGAUGAUGAGGUUCUGGAGUUGGGAUAGGUCAGCUUUUUCUCCAGAGUGAUUGUAAGAGUGUGAAGUACUGAUGUGAUAAUCUUUUUCAUCAGCACUAUAAUUUAUACAUUACAAGAAAGUUUAACAUAAGUUGAAAUUAUUUUAUCCUAUCUCUUACUACUUACAGUUUUUUUGUUUAUAUAUGGCAGUAUAAACAAAGCCAUAUAUAAUUAAUGCAAACAAGGCCUCAGAUCAUUGUUAAGCAAAGAUUGUCAGACUGACUCUGGAAUGAUAGUUUAUUUAUCAAAGUCUCAGCAUUUACAUUUUAACAGUUUUGUACCUGUUUUAAUUUUGCAACUACAUUAAGAGAAAGCCAGCUCUUUAUCUGAACUAACACUAACAUAAAACAAAAUCUAAACCUAGAUGAUAAUUUUAUUUCCUUUUAUUAGAUAUAUUUCAUUAAUAACAGGGAUUGUUAUAGAAUAUGAACUUGGCUUGGUUAGUUAUUCAUCUGGAAGACAGGGUAUUAGUAUGAAAUAAACUGAUUUUUAAUAGACAUGCAACGUGUAAACUUCUAAAUGAAUGUUAUCUAUGUUUUAGUUCUUCAGAGCAUUGAUCAUAUUCUUUUGAAUAUACUUAGUUAUGGUAAACUAUUGUCCCCUAUAAAUUGGUUUGAUUUUUCAAUAUUGUCAGGGUUUACUUAGGCAAGACUAAAGAAGUGGGGAAUACGAUGUAUAGAUCAGUCAGGAUGAUAUUGUUUGUUUGGGAGCAGAUCAUAUGCCUGUUUUCUUGCCAAGCAUAUGUAUACAAAGGCUGCUCCUAGAAAAGAUUUUUUUUUUUUUUUCUGUUCUCAACAGAGAAAGCAUAAUAGAGCAAGGCCUUCAAGGAGACACCCAGGAAAACUCUAUUUAGAAUGUUGGCUUAUUUACAGCUCUCACUAAACUGUUACAUGAUUCUAGUUCAACACUUCACUAUAAUACACUGUAAGACAUCACAUCUCCCUUUCUUUCAGUGCCUGAGUCCAUGCUGCUCCUCUUUAUAGGAUUUGGCCACUAAGAAAUCAGUGCAUUAUAGUGAUUCUGCAUCCUAAGGUCCCUGACCUCAGAAAGGACUUAGUCACUAUAAGAACUUGGUUUCCUAAUGUAUUCAUUUGGUUUUUAGUGUUAGUUCUUUGAAGACAAUCAAAAAGUAGUAAAUUUGUACCAAAAAAAAAAAAAAAUGGAUGCAAAGAAUUCUUCCUUACAAGGAUUAAUAUCUGUGAAGAUGUCGCUUUACAGAAAAGUGGAUCAUAAUAUCUGCCACAGUUCAGCCACAAUUGCACCCAGUAACAUUUUUACAUUCUCUUUGAAUAGAAUUCACACCUUCCUACCGUGAUUUCAAAAAUAAGGCACCCUUGGGUCAAUAGGUUCUUACUUAAAUAUCUCCUAAGUUUAAUAGUUUAUGUUGUGGAGUUUUAUGGUUAUUAUUCUUUCAAGCAGACUUAUGACCAUUUGUUUUACUCUCUUAAAGGUACAGUUUGUUUGUUUUUUUUCCCUAGCCUGGUUGGGAUGAAAUGAUUUUUUGUUUUAGUAAAUUUUCUUUCUAAAACUUACAAAAUUUAAUUUAAUUAACAUAUCUUAAGGUAAAAAAUAUAACAAGAACUUUUGCUGAUGUAUUUCACUUUGGAAAUUGUAUACUCUUGUUUUAAAAAAGCAUGAAGAUAUGAUAGUUUUAAGUAUAAUCUUGGAUUAUAAAAUAUAAUUUCUUAGAGUCUGAAGUUUGUAAAGGGGCCUAGAAAAUAAGUAGAAGUUUUGUAAGGAAUUCUGAGAAAAAAAUGAAUCUAGUAACAUUCUAAUUAGGCAGCUUUUAAUUUUUAAUUUUUAUUUUUCAGAAAACUUCCCUUCCUCAAGACACCCACACCCUCUUGUGUUAGAGCAGUCAGUAAUAAUAUUGGUGUCACAUUAAAAACAAAUAUUUUACUAUUAGGUCAGCUAAGACAGACAAAUAGCAACACUAUGGUGUCUUGCCCCAGAGUGUUCAUAGAAGUUAUUACAGUGAUACAUACCUGAAAUGGAAAUUAAUUUAAGUUUUAAAGUCAGUCUAUUUGAAAAUUUCUUUAGAUAAUUAAACCUCUUUUUAAUUAUGCUUUUGUGUAUUAUUAAAUGCUUAUCUUUUUAGGAAGUGUCAUAAUUGAUCUUUUGCGCUUUGAAGUAAAGCCUGUUCUAACUCAGUCAUAUUCAUCCACGUGGAUGAAUAUGACUCCAUAACAGAUCCACUUUGGCUGUGCACAUAACAACAUUAGCUGAGUCAAGGGCACAAAAGCUGUUUUCAUUUGAUGUCAGAAAAAUACGAAGACUUUAGAUUGUUAAUAAAUUUUUAAUGGCCUGUAAUUUUUAAAAAGUGUUUAAGUAUUGACUAGGUAAGAUAUGCCUGAACUUAUUUUUAAAAAUAUGUGGCCCCAUUUUAUAUUUGAAAUAGGAUUUAAUAUUUCAAUUUAGCAGUAUCAUAUUUUAGUGAAAUUUAUUUUGGUUGUGACAGUUUAUUAAACUGAAAUAGGCUUUCUUCCAGUAGCUUGUUAAAGACAAUCCCAAGGGCUGGAAAGUGUUGCUAAAAUGAAAAUUGUACAUUUCUGACUUACUAAUAAGCUUGCAAAUUAAUUCUGUCAUUGUGCAAAACUCAAUAGGAAUCUUUUAGAGAAUAUUUUUAAAGAAACUACUUUAAUGGGAAAAUGUCCUUUAAAUAUCAGUAAUAGUUCAUUGAGUCACAGUAACUGAACACCUGGACUGUAUUUUUAUAGAGCACAGUUCAGCUCAGGCAUAACUUGAGUUUGGAUUAUUGGCAUUCUGUUAUUUAGAUUUCUAUCACUGUAGAUAUGUAAUUACAUAUGUAAGCAAUUCUUAUAACCAUGCUCACUCAGACUGCCAAUAACUGUAGCUCUCAGAGCUAAAGUUAAUUCAUUUUGUUUUCCAUUUUCAACAGUUCUUUUCAGUGUUCACAAAACAAGAGGAACUAUUUUCUAUUUGUUAUAAAAAGUAAACUUCCAACUUUGCCCCCAAAAUGCCAUUCAUAGUAAUUGCCAUAUGAUUAUAUCACACAUUUAAUCAUGAAGGGGAAAUAUUUGGGAAUUUUUUUCUUAUUUAAAAGAAUACAAUAUGAAUGGUUUCAAAUCACUAAGUCUUUAAGGAGCACUGUUGCAGCUGCGUUCAGAGAGAACCUUUUGUGCCUUUUUGCCUGCAGCAAGUGUUCAUUCUAUCUUACAUGAGUUAUAAGAAUGGUGAUGAUUGUUGCACCUUGUUCUUUAAAUAGACUUGAUUAAGGACUUUUUUUUUUUUUUUUUUUUUUUAAGCAAAGAACAUCUGUCAUUAGGAAGUGGAUGCCUUAGUGAACAUGAAAGGAAGUAUCACGUUCUUGGAGCCCAGCCUCCCUGUAUAGUGUGAGGAAUUCCUAUAGAAUGUAUUCAUUUGUUGUGUAUAUGUAUGUACAUAGAUAUAUAUGAGUAGUUAUUUAAAUAUAUAAAUGUAAAGUUCAGUGUCAUGUUGGUGUGAUGGCAAGAAGUAGUAAGGUGCUAGGUGGUUACAUUAAAAGCACAGCUGAGUGCAUAAUCAGUCACUGUGACUGGUGGUUUUUGUAAACUAGGUUCAGUUUUUGAACCAUCCAAAAUACCUCAUGUGUAAAUACAGUGUUCAUAACUUAAUUAAAAUACAGUUAUUGUAAAAAGAAUGUGAAGCCACUGGCUGGCUUAUGCCUUCUGACCUAUCACUUUUGCCUCCUUUUUUAAAGGGGUUGUUUUUGGUUUUAUCUUUUAAUAGGGUUUACAGCUAGAAUUUUGAAUGCCAAAGCUCUAUUUAUUAAACUAAGAAAAAAGUUUUCAAUGUUAAUGGCUAGUAUUUUUCCACUGGAUUAUUGUUUGUUGAUGUUGGAAUUUGUAUUUACAGAGAAAUAAAUUUUUUAUAAAAAGA